GGGGAUAGAAAACAUGGCGGCGGCCGAGUGUGCUGCAAACCAUUUGCGGAAGUGAGGUGCCCACAAUCUGCUGCAGAGGAGCCGACCACAAUGUGGAGACAGUAGGGAUUUGCCAUAGUAUGGCUGCUCCUCGCUCCACACGCGUUACAAGGUCAUCCGUGGGGAUAAAUGGAUUGGAUGAAAACUUUUGUGGUCGGACGCUUAGGAACCGCAGCAUCGCCCAGCCGGAAGAGUCCCUGCCUGUUGCCCUGCCCAGAGCCCGGUCACCGAAGAAGAAGCAGGACGGUCCACAGCAGCAGCAACAGCAACAGCAGCAGCAGCCCCCCUCCAAGGGAGGCCACCCAGGGCGGCAGGUACCAGAGGAGCCAUGGCUGAGCCCCAGGAAGCGGGUCCUGUCCUGCUCUGAGAAGGACUGUCCCGAAAAGUCGGAGAGGGCCGGGCGGGAGGCCUCUCCGGUCCUCAAGAGGGCCAAGCGCUGCUCCCGGUCCAGCGAGACCCCAGGCUCCGAGGAGGACUCCCCCGGCAAGGCGGAAAGAACCGUCCCCGUCCCCGUGGAAGCUGGGGAGGGCAAUGAGGACCCGCCGGCCCCGAAGCCAGUGGGGUGCGUCCCCCCGCCAGACGACGGGGGCGAAAAGACGGACAGCCUGGCGGAGGGGUGCGAUCAGCCCGUGCCCCCCAAUGAGGCCCACAAAGUCACCAACGGGCUAGACGGAGGACGCCUGGCAGAUGCAGAGGCCCCCCCUGACAAUGCGGAGCCCGACUCAGGGGGCCCCUGCGCGCCUCCUGAGGAAUGCCAGGCUGUCCCUGUCGCCCGGACGAACAGUAAUGAGGCGCUGCUAAACGGCAGCCAGGCUGACAGUGUGCCCCCGCCCUCGGACCCCCAUGUGCCUUGUAAAAACUCGCAACCCAAGCAGGCGGAGCCGGGCUGCCCGGAGACGGCCGCGGAGACAGAUCCCGCCAUCCCCACCCCCUCCUCGGGGACACAACCCCCGGCUCGGGAGCCAGAAGAGGAGGUGGAUGUGGUGGGGGACGCCCCGUGCCCGCCCCAGGAGCGCGCACCCGAGAGCACCAAUGGUGGCCUAUGCGCAGUGCAGGACAGCCCGCCGAUCUCAGGAGAAGCCGAGCCACCGGCGCCACCGACCCCGACUCAGACCCCUGGGUCACCCCCUGCUGAACCCCCCUCCUUCACCGAACCUCAAGAACACAGAUACACACUGAGAACUUCCCCCCGCCGGCCGGCCUGCAGUGGCAAGGGCAGCCCCUCCAAGCCCCACUCCCCUUCUACGGACAAUGGCCCGCCCAAGGUGGAGGAUGGCGAGGGCGAGGAAGUGCAGGCCGAGGCUGCCCCAACCCCGGAUGAGCCCCCCUCCAGCGGGCUGGGCCUCUCUAACGAACCUGUCACCGAAUGUUCUGAGGAGGGGGAAGUCAAGGCAGGUGGGGAGUCGGGUGCGCUGGAGAGCAGUGUUUCUAAAUCCACCAAAGAAACGGCAGGAAGCCAGAUGGCAGAGGAAGAGGAGGACGAGGAGGACCCAGAUGUCUAUUAUUUUGAGUCUGAUCACUUGGCUUUGAAACACAACAAAGAUUACCAGAGGUUGCUGCAGACCAUCAGCGUGCUAGAGGCGCAACGCACCCAAGCCAUCCUCGACCUAGAGACCCUGGCCCGUCACCAGAGGGAGGCUCUCAGAGACCCCAUUGGCUUUGUAGAGCAGCUGCAAAAGCAGGUGGCGAUGGGCCUUCCCUGCCCGCAGCGUGUGGUCCAGCUGCCCGACAUCGCCUGGGACCAGUACACCUCCGGCCUGGGGGACUUUAAGAGGGAGUUUCACGACAAGAAGCGCAACACCAGGAGACUGAAGCUCAUCUUCGACAAAGUGGGGUUGCCCACUCGACCAAAAAGUCCUCUGGACUCCAGAAAGGAAGGGGAGUCGUCGUCGCUGUACUCAGCUCUGCCCUCUAGUGACGCUCCGGAGCACAGCGCCUCCAGCAGCCGCACACAGAUGAUCAGAGGGAGGAUUUGUGAUCAGAAUAAACCUGACACCUUUAACCAGCUGUGGACCGUGGAGGAGCAGAAAAAACUGGAGCAGCUGCUUUUGAAGUUCCCUCCAGAAGAGGUGGAGUCGAAGCGCUGGCAGAAGAUCGCGGACGAGCUGGGCAACAGGACAGCCAAGCAGGUUGCAAGCAGGGUGCAGAAGUAUUUUAUAAAACUGACAAAGGCUGGUAUUCCGGUACCUGGAAGGACGCCCAACUUGUGCAUGUACAGCAAAAAGGCCUCCAGCAAAAGACAGCAUCACCUGAACAAGCACCUGUACCGACCCUCGACCUUCUUGACCUCCUACGAGCCGCCCGUCUACAUGGAUGACGAGGAUGACCGUUCCAGCUUCUACAGCGGCCUGCAAGACCCCGCUGCCGAGGACUCUGAUGAAGACGGCAUUCCAGUGGAGUACAGAAACCUGCCGGAGUACAAGGAGCUGGUGGAGCUGAAGAAACUGAAGAAGCAGAAGAUCCAGGAGAUUCAGGCGGAGAGCACGCUGGCGCAGCAUGUGGGGUACAAGUGUGACGGCUGCGGGACGGAGCCCAUCCAGGGGACGCGGUGGCACUGCAGGGACUGCCCGCAGGACGUCGCCGUGGACUUCUGCAGCAACUGCUCUGACUGCCUAUUCAAGACGGAGACCCACAAGCCAGACCAUCGGCUAGAGCCGGUCUAUCAAGCAGACACAUUUCUGGACAGAGACUACUGCCUGCCCCAGAGCACAGGCUACAAUUACCUGGACCCCAACUACUUCCCUGCCAACAGAUGACAGGGGCAAGGCAGUCCACACCAAGGCUCCACAUUCUGCAGGAAGAUUUUGCAAAAAGGCUCCGUCGUCAACGUUCAGCGCUUGGGAUUCACGGGGGGCGGGGCCGGGCGGGGGGGCCGGGGCGCUGCCGAAGGGUGACCCCAACACCCCGGCAGCACCGCCCGCUGGCGAAAGUCCCGGCCGCGCAUCUCCACGGUCGUCGUAGCAGCAAACAGGUCUCCAAAAUAACUCUGCUAAAAAGGCACACCAACAUUCCCGACGGAGAGGUCAAAAGGCGCCUUCUGCAGCUUUUGGCUGGUGAAACGCUGGUGAACCUCAGCUAACAGCGUGUGAGGGGGUGUAAAGAUGCCCACAGUCUAGUAGACCUUUAGUCAACGGGAAAAAAAAAUUUCACUUGGACAGGAGUCUGGUCUCGUAUCAUAACACUUAACAUGAUAUAGCUAGAUGUCUGUAGAUGAGUAUUUAUAAAAAUGAAUCAGUGAGAUAUAUUGUCAUGGAUCGAAAAGAACUGGACAGAAGGGACCAGUGACUUUGAUUCAUUCUAGGUUUUUAACCAAUCAGUGUUCGCUAAUACAGUUGUAUUCUUAAAAGAAAAAUACCCUCCUGUCAGUGGACCCUGCAGAUGUCUCUCUCCCUCUCUCUCACACACACACACACGCACGCACGCACGCACGCACACACACACACACAAACACGCACACGCACAAACACACACACACACAGCGGACCACCACUUUCACUAAGAGCUGCUUUUUUCUCACCUCCCAUUCAUCCUGUCGUCAUUUUCGUUUUAACUUUGAAACCUCAUCACUAAAACCCCUUUCACUUGCCGACACAGAAGCACUACAGCACCAAGAAAUCAAGCAAGGGAAGGCCUGUGAGGCGUUACAGCUGUAACCCCAGCCUCGCGGUAUCGGAAAGGUGUAGAGAUUUUCUUUUUCUCAGUAUGUACUGUUGUAAUCAUGUGGCGUAUACAAAUAUAUGGUGAAAAAGAAGUAGCCUGUGGUAGUAAGUGUACCAUUUUGUCUGCAGUCCCCCCCCACCCCCCCCC